ACCACGCCGUCAGGCUCGUCAGCAGCACCCACGGCACUCGCACGUCAAGCCCAUCGUUAGCGGCUACGACCGUACGACUCGAGCCUCGAUUGCCACACCGCCGUUCAUUCACGGGGAUUGCGAGGUGAACUGCGGUGACGGAGAGUGCAUUCCCUACUCGGCAAUCUGUGACGGAGAGGCGCAGUGCGGCGACGCCGCCGACGAAUACAACUGCGCGUCUACCUGCAACCAGAGCGUUUGCAUGCCGCCCAACUGUCGCUGCACGGGUUUUGACAUACCGGGCAACUUGCUCCGAGAGGAGAUUCCACAGAUGGUCACCAUCACUUUCGAGUCUGCCGUUCGCACGAUGGAAUUUUUCCAUCUGUAUCGGCAAGUGUUUAAAAGGCUCACUAGAGGGCGCAGAAGAGAGGCGCGACGCAAUCCAAACAGCUGUCCCGUCGUUGGCACAUUCUUCGUGUCGCAUCAGUUUACCGACUAUGCGGUCGUGCAGAAUCUUUACGCGGAUGGCCACGAGAUGGCAGCACUGUCGAUAAGCCACCGCUGGCCGACUACAUUUUGGCAGACUGCUUCCGCGCAGCAAUGGGCGCAGGAAAUAGCCGACCAGCGACUGAUAUUUGAAGAACUCGGUAAAGUACCGAGCGAUAAAAUCGUUGGAAUGCGGGCGCCAUAUCUGCAGGUAGGCAGGCGAGAGAUCAGUUCUAUAUGCUUCCAGCAGCACGCUUCAAGUGGACAACAGCAAUAG